AUGGCCUACGACCGCUACGUUGCCGUCUGCAAGCCCCUGCACUACAGGAGCCUCCUGGGCAGCAGAGCUUGUGCCCAGAUGGCAGCAGCUGCCUGGGGCAGUUGCUUUCUCUAUGCUCUGCUGCACACGGCCAAUACAUUUUCACUGCCACUCUGUGGACAAAAUACCCUGGACCAGUUCUUCUGUGAAAUCCCCUCCGUCCUCAAGCUCUCCUGCUCAGACUCCUACCUCAGGGAAGUUUGGCUUCUUCUGGUUGGUGUCUGUUUAGCAUCUGGCUGUUUUGUUUUCAUCAUACUGUCCUACGUGCAGAUCUUCAGGGCUGUGCUGAGGAUGCCCUCUGAGCAGGGAUGGCACAAAGCCUUUUCCACGUGCCUCCCUCACUUGGCUGUGGUCUCACUGUUUAUCAACACCUGCUUUUUUGCUUACCUGAAGCCCCCCUCCAUCUCCUCCCCAUCCCUGAACCUGGUGGUGGCAGUUCUGUACUCGGUGAUACCUCCAAUAUUGAACCCCCUCAUCUAUAGCAUGAGAAGUGGUUGCCAAGCUUUCCAGAAGCUUGUGCCGCUUUCCAUCACCUAUCAGACUCUUUCCAUCAUCUGUCAGUGGUCAUGGUCAUCCGGAGAGGUCCCAGAUGACUGGCGACUUCCUAAUAUGAAGCCCAUCUACAAGAAGUUUGCUAUACCUGUACCCGCAUUUGGUAAUUCAGAUACCAUUGCCUACAUCAUCUGGGCCUCUAACAAGCUGGAGAGGUCGACAUGUCACAGAUUUGCUCUGCGCCAGGAGUGA